UACUGAUUACUGGUAAUCUAUUAUGUUGAUGUUUUUUUUUCCGCGUCAACUACGACUCACGAGUGUUAGGAUGUUAUUGAAAAUAAAACGUCGUCUUUAACGGUUUUCCUUUUUCGGCGUCGUAGUGUAAGACUAUUUCGUACGUUUUUUCGUUAAAAAUUAAAUUAAGUACUUUUUAAAAUAAUAUAUUUAUCAUAUCGUGUGAACUAUUACUGUUUAUUAUGAAAACAUGAAGAACGACUGUGCUAAGCGAACUAAUACAUCUAAAGUCCCUGUUGAAGUAUCAGACUCAUUGCAAAAUCUUUCAAAAGUCGUAGACAAUGUGCGACAAUCAAUUGGUAAUAUUCCUGUUUUACCAUCUACGAGUGGUAAAUCAGAACAGAAUGAAUUGCCACCACCUGUGGCUGUCUCAGUGGAAACGGAAGAAGACAUAGAAAAAAAAGAAAGAGAAACAUUAAUGGGUUUCAUUUCGGAAUGUGUUACUAGACAAGAAGAAAAGAAAAAAUUAAGACAAAACAAUCAAGAAUGUGUGUUCCCUGAUGAAUCUGAAAUAUCUAAACGUGAUUCUAGUCUAAAAAAAAAUACUGCGUUCAUAAGGAAACUUAAAAAUUUUCCUCCACCUCAAUUAGACCAAUUACUCAAAGAUAUGAAUUCUUUGAAUUUGACUAAAUAUUUAUCAGAAGUCGUGUCAGCUCUUACUGAAAUCAAACUUAAAAUGACAGAAAUUGAUGCCAUGAUAUUAUUAUGCACUCAGUUAAACAUAACCUACUCUGAUUUUUCAAAAAUUUUCUUUGAACAGUGGCAAAAAAUUUUAAACAUUAAAAAAGAUGAUAAGAUUGCCAACAUGAGCAAAUUUAGAGUUGAUCUUAGGCUUUUUGCUGAACUUACAUCAGCUGGUAUUGUACCACAAAAAGAAGGUCUUAUCUUACUUGGUAAUAUACUGACCAUCUUGAUUAACUCAGAUCUUCAGGAACAUAACAAUUUAAAUAUUAUACUAAGCUUUUGUAAAUAUUGUGGUGAUGACUAUGCUGGAUUAGUUCCAAAAGAAAUGCAAAAAUUGGCAGAAAAAUAUGAUGUUGAAAUUCCUAAAAGUGAUAUGCUUUCCAGCGACAAACAAAAAAAUGUUAGGGUUCUAUUGAAAGAAUACUAUGUAUCUUUAUGUAAUCAUGUAAAAAGAAUGCAUCAUGAUAUUGAGUAUGCAGAAAAACAAAAUGAAAAAAUAUUACAAACAAAAGGUGAACUUAGACCAGAACGUAAAGCUAAAAAUGAACAAAUGAAUGUUACAUAUCAAAAACUUUACAGUUCCACAUUGACUUUUGCUGAUAUACUUAAUGAACCAUUCAUUAUGUUAAAAGAAGAGAAAAAAAAUAGUUCAACUGAAGAUUUGACUGAUUCAGAGUUAGACAUAAUUGGAACAGCAACACCAUCAGAACUAACAAGUCUUUGGGAAGAUGAAGAGACUCAGAAGUUUUAUGAAGAAUUUCCAAAUCUUAGUAAUUAUAUUCCUGAUAAAAAUAAGAAAUUAGAUGAACCUGAAGAAAUUGAUAUAGAAAGUAAUGCUAAGAAAAGCAUUUCGGACAUUAAAGAUGCUGCUGAAAUUGAAGUAUCCAAUAUUGGUACCAAAGUUGUAUUUGAAACAUUUAUUGAACAGCUACCAAAGUGUGUAAAUCGAGAAAUGAUUGACAAUUUGGCAAUAGAAUUUUUAAUAAAUCUUAACACCAAGAACAAUCGUAAGAAAUUAGUUAAAGUUCUGUUUAGUGUACCUAGAACAAGAGUAGAUCUUUUGCCAUUCUAUACACGUCUAGUAGCAAUUUUAAAUCCUUUAAUGCCAGAAGUUGGACUUGAACUUUGUUCUUUAUUAAAAAGUGACUUCAGAUAUAAUGUAAAGAAAAAAGAUCAGAUUAACAUAGAAACAAAACUUAAAGUCGUACGUUACAUUGGAGAAAUGGUGAAAUUUAACUUAAUGGCCAAAUCUGAAGCAUUGCACUGUUUUAAAAUGCUACUAAAUGAUUUUACUCAUCAUCAUAUAGAAAUGGGUUGUGCUUUAUUAGAAACAGCUGGUAGAUUUUUAUAUCGUUCGCCAGAAAGUCACCACCGUACCAAAAUAUACUUAGAACAAAUGAUGAGAGUCAAAUCCAUUUCAGCACUUAGACCAGUAUAUGUUACAAUGAUUGAAAAUGCUUACUAUUUUGUUAAUCCUACUGAUUCACCAGCUAUUAUGAAAAAGCAAAGACCAAUAUUACACGAGUUUAUAAGACAUUUAUUGUAUAAUGAGCUAAAAGAUGCUCCUGAAAAAGAAAAUAUGAUUUUGAGUCUUCUAAAACAAAUGGACUGGGAAAAUUUGGCAGAAAAAACUUAUUUGAUAAAAUGUUUAACCGAAGCGUGGAAUGUUACGUAUCCAAUGAUUUCAGAUUUAGCAUGUUUGGUUGCAGCUUUUGUUGAUUACGAUGAUUCAAUUGGAACACGUGUUGUUGAUGGUGUUAUGGAAGAUAUACGUGUUGGUCUUGAAACAAACUUGGUGAAAUUUAAUCAAAGAAGAAUAGCUAUGAUCAAAUAUUUUGGUGAGCUGUAUAAUUAUAGAUUAAUAGAAAGCAAUGAUGUAUUCAAAGUAUUGUACAGUUUUGUUUCAUUUGGUGUUGUAUAUGAUCCAGAUUUCUAUUCCACUUUUGAUCCUCCUCAAAAUUUAUUUAGAUUAAAACUUAUAUGCGUUUUACUUGACACUUGUGGUGAAUUUUUCAACCGAGGCCCUGGUAAACUUAAAUUAGAUUGUUUUAUUUUAUACUUUCAAUAUUACUUUUGGUUAAAAAAAUCAAGUACUACUUGGGAUACUCAAAAUCCUUUUCCAGUUACGGUGGAUUACAUGGUUACAGAUGUAUUAAAAAAACUCAGACCCAACUUGAAAAUGAAAAAUUGUUUCCUUGAAGCUCAAAAAAUUGUUAUGCUUCUUCAAGAAAGACUCAUUCAACAAUAUAAUCUUAAAGAAAAUGAAGAAUCUCAAUUAGCUACUAUUGAUGAAGAAGCAGAUGAACGACAUAAUGAGGAGACACAAGAAGAAGACUCUGACAUUGAUACUUCCGAAGACGAAGAUAGUGAUGCUUCUGCAAGUAGUGAUAAAAUUCAAGAUGAACCUGUCCGCCGUAAGAUUGAAGAUCCAGAGGACUUUGAGUUUUUAGAAUCUUUUGAUAAAAUGGUCAGUGAUAACGUACAAGAAAGAACAAAAGAAGCGACACGUCCUCAGACGGAAAUAUCUAUACCAUUUCAUUUAAAAAAAUAUAGUAAAAAAACUUAUGAACAGUUACAGAGUACAAAUGAAGAUGAUUCUGUGAAUUUUAUAUUAAUGUUGAAAAAGGGUAACAAACAAACUUUCAAAAGCUUACAAGUACCAGUAGAUUCUGAAUUGGCAUCAAAUUUAAAGAGUCAAGAAAUGGCUGAGCAAGCAGAGUUAAGAAGAGUAAAACAAUUGACUUUGGACAUCAACAACAGACAAGAAGAAGAAGAUUAUAAAGAUUUAACUCAAGUAAUGCAGAAGCCUAUUGUUACGUGUAUUAAAGAUAAAAAGCUAACUCCAAAUAAAGGAACACCAGAUGCUGAAUCUAUAUUUGGGAAAAAAAAAAGUGACAAAUGGGUAUAAAUAGAUGUACAAAUAACUCCAUGUGUGGUUUGGAUACAACAGAUAAGACUCAAAUUAUUUGUGAUAUUAAUUUAAGUUAUAAGUACAAGUAUACAAAAAGAAAAAUAUAUUUUUG